AUGGAACGGAGCAGAUGUGACAAGGAGCGGAGGCAAGAUUGGAAGAAGUUAUGCAAGAUACCCAGCUCGCGCCGCGGGCUCAUUCUGACAUACGUUGUUUACACUUUCUUUGUUUUGUGUGUUUCUUUCAUCUCAUUGCGCUGUCUGGGAGGUACAGGCACCAUGGAACCCGAAUCUCUUUUUCCUUGCGGGCUCAUUGGUCAAACCCUUUCCUACUUCUACGACUUACCUUCUAAUGUACAUGUUGAUGUUUACGGGUUUGAUGGAGAAGCUUGUAGGGGUUAA